AUGUUGAAACAAAUGAACCGAUCCGAACCGGCAUUACACAUCAAUGAAAUUAAUGUUAAUGAUAAGUAUAAAUUUCUGAACUUAAUUGGUAAAGGUAGCUACGGUGAAGUGUGGUUAGUAUUACCUUUACGUCCAUCAUCAUCGUCAUCAAACAAAUCAAAUGUUAAACAACUCGUACUUAAACGAUUAGAUCUACGUCAACAAUCGAGUGACACCACACAAAAUGAUAUUGAUGGUGCUGAACGUGAAGCAAAACUGUUAUCCACAUUGAAACAUCCAAAUAUUGUUGCUUAUAUUGAAUCAUUUCGAUCGAAUGAUGGUUUUCUCAACAUAGUCAUGGCUUAUUGUGAAGGCGGAGAUUUAUAUACAAAAUUAAAAGAAAGAAAAGCUAAUCAACAACCUUUGCCUGAAAAUCAGAUUAUCGAAUGGUUUGUGCAAAUAUGUAUGGCACUGCAAUAUAUCCAUGAUAAAAGCAUUCUUCAUCGUGAUUUGAAGACUCAAAAUAUAUUCUUGACAAAAAACGAAAUUGUCAAAGUUGGAGACCUUGGAAUAGCCAGAGUAUUAGAUUCCGGAAAUGAUUUAGCAACGACGAUUAUUGGAACACCGUACUACAUGAGUCCGGAGAUAUUUUCACAUCAACCUUAUGGACAAAAGUCGGAUAUUUGGGCACUUGGUUGCUGUGUUUACGAAAUGACAACAUUGGAACAUGCAUUCAAUGCGAAAGAUAUGAAUGCAUUAGUGAUUAAAAUCAUUCGUGGACAAACACCACAAACGUCGAAGAAAUAUAGUGAUUCAUUGACGGAUAUUAUUAAAUCGAUGCUUAGUAAAAAUCCAGUCGAUCGUCCAACUGCAAAGAAGAUCCUGCAAAGUCCUUUUAUCAAAAAACAUAUUUUGCAACUUCUGGAAAAAACCAAAGUCAAGUGUCAAAAUCAAGCGAAUUCCAAUUCUCAAGUAACAGUUGUUGCUCCAUCAGUAGUGCCUCUGUCAUCCUCUCCGCCACGUUCAUCCCCUUCAAACGAUGCUAAAACACCUUAUUCGUCAGCUUCUUCUCCAUCAUCGAAGAAAUCUCAACCGAAUGUAUUCUCAAACAACAAUCCUCCUGUGCUUCCUUCAUUUCCACCAUUACCACCAACACACAAUCGUCCAUCAAACCACAUCACUACAUCAUCAUCAUCCGGUUCGUCUUCAUCUGCUGAUGCAAGUGGAUCAUUACCAUCGGCUGAUGUAGAUCAAUCGAACAAUGCACGUGCUCGUCGUCGUCUUCGUAUGCGGCAGAGUAAUCCAUUACCGAUCAAUGACAAGCAAAUGGAUCUGAAGUUUUUAUUGAAGCUGAGCGAAAAUGAUACAUUACAACGUCGACAACGUGAUCAACAAAUCCAUAAUCAUCUAAGACAGUAUCAACAAAUCUCAUCUGACGAUGAACACGAUAUAUCAUCCAGUCCGAAAGCAUCUCGACCAGCUGUGGUAGUCGCUCCACAAAGACAACUAGUUCGGCCAAGUUCUGCUGCUUCGUCAGUUGAGUCUAAUCAUAGUAAACUAUCAUAUGAUGAUGACGUUCAUUCCUCUGAUCGUCAUUUGGCUCCAUCUUAUCAACAACUGCAACAAUCCGAAGCUAAAAUUAUCAAAUCCAGCGAUUCGAGUAUUAAUCUGAGCGCACGCCAACGUCGACGAGAUAAUCGCAUUCAAUCAUCUAUCGAAACUUCAAUAACAUCUAUAGCAAAUAAUGAUAAUCAACCAUCAUCGUCUCAAUCGACAGCUCAGGAUGCCAUCUCAGCUGAAAUCGAAAAGAAAAAAGAAGGGGAAAAGGACAUGAAUGAUUUUCUGUUCAUGUUAACUGCAACCUUAAAACUAGCGCCAGACACGACAACAAGUGCUCAAAGUUCCGAUAUGGAUUCAAGUGCAUCAACAAACAGCAGUAACGAUAGCGAUCGUACGUUAGUUGAUAGCGGUGAUGCUUAUUCACGUUCCCCACAACAAAGUUCUCAGCCAUGGUCAUCGGGUGAUCGGACAAUGGAAGUACCUUUGCAUCAAACCAAUCGACUACAGAAACGUUUUGACGCAUUGAAAACCGAAUGUCUUCGUGAGAUAAGCGAAGAUAAAUUACGACGCGUACUUAACAUCUUGGAAAAUGUGAGUGAAACACAAAUGACACAUGAAAUGAUACUUGAACUUGGAGAAGACUUGUAUGAAAAAUAUGCUUCACAAAUCUUCCUACUGAAAUUUUAUGAAGAUAGUUUACGUACAUAUUCAUAA